AUGGCAGCAGAGAAGACCCAGAUCAUGUGCGACGACUCCGAAGUCCGUCGACUUCAGGUUCACAAGAAGACGCAGCUUUGCAAGUUCUUCGAAGUCGGCGCCUGCACGCGGGGCUCGAACUGCGCCUUUGCGCAUGGCGCCGCACAGCUCCGCGAGCAGCCCGACUUCUCCAAGACCCGGCUCUGCGCGGACUUCAUUGAGCUCCUUAGCAGCUGA